CGUUCUUCCAAGCAAAUUCGGAGAUGGAGACAUCAUAGAAGCAAGGUCUGCAUUGGCAUCAAAGGUGCGGAACAUGACAAAGCUGGACGUUUUGAAAUUGCGAAUCGACGUAGGAGAUGCUAUUGAUUGUAACCUGGUUGAAGCCAUCUCCUACCAAAUUGCAUCUGGUCCGUUGCAGUCUCUCGAAAUAUUCUCCUGUGAAAUUGCCAAUGAGAAAAAAACAAGAAAAAAGAUUUUGCUGCCACUUUUGGAUGCUUUGGCUGGAGUGGGCAAUGCCUCAAAGCUGCAGGAGUUCAAGCUCCAACUAAUAGCUACAAGUAUCGGUAGAGUCCAUGCCAAAACAUAUGCGGCCCGCAUGAUUGAGAUCUUGCAGCGGAAUACAACUCUGACAAAUGUCAAAAUACGGCUGGCUUGGCACUAUGGUCACAUGUGCGAGAAAACCGAAAAGGAUGAAAUCAUUGUCUACCACACAACACUCAACCGCUUUGGUAGGCAUCUGUUGCGAGGUACGGAGAAGUCUCUGGACAUGGCCCAACUAGUAACCUCGGUGAUUUCACAAGCAGGCACUCCGAAAGGUGUCCGUGUCCAACAGCUUGUCCCAUUGCUCUACGGGCUCUUGCGUGAAGCACCUCACAAAUGGAGUUCCCCUCAAGCAGGAAAAUGCAACAAGGCCAAGUUGAAGAGACCUGCCCUCAAACGCAAAGCCUCAAGUUCCCUUGACCGAAGUUCAUCCAAGCACUAG